CAAUUCUUAUUUCAAACUACUUCAACACAACCAACUCCUCUACUCCUCUUCUCUUAUAUAUCACCCCUCCUCCACCAUUCUUCCCAUUCAUAAUCUUUCCAUUCAUUUCUCUUAAUUUUCUUUUUGACUGAUUAAAAAAUGUCAACUACAGUUGAUAUUCCAGCUGAAUCAAGUGCUGCUGCUAAGGGAAAAGCUCCUCUAAUAGGAUUAACUUCUUUAAGCCAUGCAAAGGGAAGAGGAUACAACAAGGGUUUUGCCAUUUGUGACUUCCUUUUGAGGUUAGGUGCUGUAAUUUCUGCUCUUUCUGCUGCUGCUACAAUGGGAACUAGUGAUGAAACUCUUCCCUUCUUCACCCAGUUCUUCCAGUUUGAAGCUAGCUAUGAUGAUCUUCCCACUCUUCAGUUCUUUCUUAUUGCUAUGGCAAUAAUUGGAGGCUAUUUAGUCCUUUCCCUUCCCUUCUCUGUUGUAGCAAUCAUUCGCCCCAAUGCUGUUGGACUAAGGCUCCUUCUUCUGAUUCUGGACACUGUGGCUCUGACGUUGAACACGGCAGCUGCAGCCGCUGCGGCGGCCAUAGUGUAUUUGGCUCACAAUGGAAACCCAAGCGCGAACUGGCUCGCUGUGUGCCAACAAUUUGGUGAUUUUUGCCAGAAAGUUAGUGGGGCUGUGGUGGCUGCCUUUGUUUCAGUUGUUGUGUUCAUGUUGUUAGUUGUGAUUUCUGGUCUGGCUCUUCGGAGACAGAGUUAAUUAUGCUUUUAAUUCUUUUCAUAUUUGC